GUACCUCCUUUGUACUUGCUGAAAAUGUCUUUUCUAACUUCUCUUUGCAUUGUUCUUUACUUGGCUCAUAUAUCCUCUCACACUACUGCGAUUCCUACUCCUGAUGGCAUGCUUCCAAAUGGUAACUUUGAGCUAGGACCAAAACCAUCCAACCUCAAGAAAACGAUGAUCAUAGGUAAAUACUCCUUGCCCAAAUGGGAAAUCAAGGGCAUCGUAGAGUACAUCUCGGGGGGGCCCCAACCAGGCGGGUUCUACUUUGCGGUCCCUCGUGGGACGCAUGCAGCGAGGCUAGGUAACGAAGCUUCCAUAUCGCAAUAUGUACCUGUUGAGGCGGGUUCCACAUACUCUCUCACAUUUUCGGCCACACGAACAUGUGCGCAAGACGAGAAGCUCAUGGUGCACGCUGAUGGCGACUCGGGCGAGCUUCCGAUUCAGACGUUGUAUAGUACGGAUGGAGGGGACACUUAUGCGUAUGCUUUUAAAGCUAUUCGUAGCACAGUGAAGGUUACAUUUCAUAAUCCUGGGAUACAAGAGGAUCCCACUUGUGGUCCUCUUUUGGAUGCCAUUGCAAUAAAGAAGAUGCCACCAUUGAAAUACUCUGCAGGAAAUUUUGUGAAAAAUGGCAACUUUGAAAUCGGUCCAUACGUCUUCAAGAAUUUCUCAACCGGAGUCCUACUCCUCCCCAAAAUACACGACAUUAUAUCCCCAUUACCCGGAUGGAUCGUUGAAUCGCUCAAACCAGCUAAAUACGUUGACUCAAGGCACUUUAACGUACCUUCGGGGCUAUCCGCGAUUGAGUUGGUUGGAGGCCGAGAAACAGCCAUUGCGCAAAUCAUACGAACUAUUCCUAACAAGUUCUAUAGGCUAACAUUCGUUAUUGGUGAUGCGAAGAAUGGUUGCCACGGGUCCAUGAUGGUUGAGGCCUUUGCCGCUAGGGAAACGGUUAAAGUGAGACACGAGUCUCAAGGAAAGGGGGAGUUCAAAACCGGAGUUCUCAAAUUCAAAGCCAUUUCAAACCGGACACGACUAACGUUUUAUAGUGCCUUUUAUCACACAAAGCUACAUGAUUAUGGUCACUUUUGUGGUCCUGUGUUAGAUGAUGUUAAGGUUUGGUUUUACUAGGUUUACUCCUUGAUAAUAUAAGGAAUACUUCGAAGAUACAAGAAUAAUAUAUCUAUAUAACGUUUGAGUUUGGAGAUGAUGUAUCUCCUUUGUGAUGGAUUGUUUUUCGGUUGUUGUACUAUUUACUUUAUUAUGUGUUAGGAUCUGAGUUUCUUUAGAUUGUGUUUGUUUGAAUUAACUGGUGUAAAAUAAAAGAACAGAGAUGUAGUAAUUGCAGCGGAAA